UUCCAUAAAAAUAUCCCGGGAUAAUCCCGGGAUUCUGAGCCGGGAGCCAGCGGGCCGGACCUACCGGUUUCCCGCCAAAUUGCUGGCUCGUUUACAUAACCCCGCCUACACCAACUCAAGCCCCGCCUCCUUAAUAUGCAUAUCCCCGCCCUUCGUUUGCAUGGCCGCGCGUGCCGCGUCCGGCGCGUUCCCUUGACAACGGCGGCGCGGGUUCGAGCCCGGCCCCGGCGGCUCCGCUGUCCCUCGGUGUCCCUCGGUGUCCCUCGGUGUCCCCCGGUGUCCCCCGGUGUCCCUCGGUGUCCCCCCGCUGUCCCCCCGGUGUCCCCCCGGUGUCCCCCCGGUGUCCCCCGGCCAUGCUGCGCGACGAGGACACGGAGGCGGAUUUCCAGCGCUUCCUGCGCCGCGUGGACGAUGUCACCACUUUGCUGCAAGGCCUGAACUCCCCGGACCCGGCUGUCAGGGAAAAAUCCCUUGCUGAGACAGAGAAAAGGCUCCAAGAGCAAGGAGGCAGCAGGGAGGAGGAGGAGGAGGAGGAGGAGAGCAGGACCACGGUGAACAGAACACUCAUCAACACUUCUGGCACGGCGGGGCCGGAGGCGGUGGAUGCAGAUGGUUUCCUGGCAGCUUUGGAAAAGGAUGCCAAAGAGCGAGCCCAGCGAAGGAGGAGGAAGGAGCAGCUGGCAAAUGCCCUGAAGGAGCAGGGGAACGAAGCCUUCAGGGCAGGGGACUUUGCCCUGGCCGUGCAGAAAUACUCCCAGGGGCUGCAGGAGCUGAGGGACAAACAGGAGCUCUACACAAACAGGGCUCAGGCCUUCCUGAAGCUCCAUGAGUAUGAGAAAGCCAUCAGUGACUGUGAGUGGGCACUAAAGUGCAAUAAAAACUGCCUUAAAGCCUAUUUCCUCAUGGGGAAAGCUCACCUGGCACUGCAGCACUUUGCUGAGUCCAGGCAGUGCUAUGAGAAGAUGCUGCAGCUGGAUCCCCAAAAGGAAAACCUGUUCAAAGAGUGUGUGGACGAGGCCAGGCUGCAGGAGAAGAGGCUGAGAGAGGAGGAGAGAGCAGAGAGGGAGGUGCAGGCUGGGAAUGGCACUGCUUUAUCCAUCCAGGAAUUGCUGCAGAGGAUCAGCAGCCCUGAGCAGGACAUCCUCUACUACACAGGGGGCAUCAGGCUCCUGGCAGAGGUGCUGGACAGCUCAGUGUGCAGGAAGAGCAGGAGCCUGCCUGGCUGUCACACACCUGAGCUGUUUGUUCUGCCUCUUCCAGGCACUGGGCAAACGCUCUUUAGGACAAACAAUGGCUUCAGUAUCCUCAGGAACGAGACUGUCAGAGGGGCCUUCUGUGCAGAGAGCAAAAGCCCUGCUGAGGUGGAGCUGUGCAUUUCCCUUCUCCUCCUGUGGCAAGCUGCCUGUGCUGGGAAUGAAGAAAAUCAGCGUCUCCUGUUGGCCCAGCCCGAAGUGAGUGCCCAGCUGCCAGAGCUGCUCUCCUCUGGCACAGCCCAGAUCCACAGGGAGACCUUGGCACUGAUUUCUCUCUACUCAGAGAGCGAGAGUGGCCGGAGGCUGCUGCUCAGGCAGGACCUGAGCAGAUGGCUGCAGAUUUUGCUGGCAUUUGUCAAGAGCACUGAUGCAAGGGCUGACAGUGCCAUGAACAUCCUGUCUGACUUAAUUGGAGAGAAAAGGUUCCAAAUCCAGUGUCGGGCCACGCUUUCCACUGGGGUUUUACCUGUAUUCACCCAGCUGCUGGUGGGUGCCAGGCAGGUGGAGCAGGCAGCCCUGGCCCGUGUCCUGGCCCUGCUGGGCAGCCUCUGUGCAGAUGUUGUGCUGCGGGCACAGCUGGCUCAGAGCAGGCAGUGCUGGCACGCCUGUCUGCAGCUGCUGGAUGGGUGCCCCGAGUACCAGCAGUGUGUGUUCGCAGUGCUGGGGCUGAUGAUGAACCUGCUGCUUGAAUCCAACACCACCAUCCAGGACUUUGCUGUGCCCAUCAGUAGCAGGUGCCUGGCUCUGCUCAAGCAUCAGGAGGGAAGGAUUGUCACAAGAGCCAUUGGAGUGCUGAGCCGGGUCCUGCCAGCGUCCCCCUCAGCAGUGGAGGAAGUGCUGAAAGGAGGAGUGGUGAAGAAAAUGCUCAAAUUCCUGAAAGCUGGGGGCCAGCUCACAUGCAGCUAUGCCAUAAAGACCCUCUCCAUCUGCACCCAGAGCAGCAGGAGAGCUCAGGAAGAGCUGCUGAGGUGGGAUAAAAGGCUGCAGGUGCUGCUGAAGCUGCUGGAAUCAAGGGAUGAGCUGACGGUGGGGAAUGCAGCUUUCUGCCUCAGCCAGUGCCUGCUGCUCCCCGGGGCAGCAUCGUCGCUGCUGGGCUCCGGCGUGGUGCAGCUGCUGCUCCGCCGGGCUGCGGGGGAUGCUGCUCCCACAGCCCUGCAGCGCAACUCUGCCAUUGCCCUGGCCAGGCUCUGCCUGGCUGAGCCAAGGCACAUUCAGCAGCUGAGGCAGCUCAAUGGCUUGGCCAUCCUGAACUCCUCCAUGAAAUACGUGCAGAGCAGCUGAACUCUUCAGGAACCUUCCACAAGUGCCCUUCAUCUCAUUUGCUGUUGAGUUUUCUUUGCUUUAAUAAAAUUCAUUCAAAGCACA